AUGCCUUCCCAGCAAGACGAAAAGCGCCAAGCGGCGCGUGAAGUCAUCGACAUCCUCUACGAAAUCUCAACUUUACUGAACACACAUCUCGAUCGAACUGAACUAUCAUUGUGUGUGUCCCUGAUUGAGAAUGGUGUUAAUCCGGAUGCGCUUUCUACUGUUAUCAAGGAUUUACGAAAGGAGGCGCCUGCUCGGGGAGAUGUUGAUGAUUAG